AAACUGGAGCCUCUUAAAAUGGAGAAAUCAAAUAAAACAGAAAACAGUCGAGAAUUGCGAAUAAAUGAAAUGAACUCAACAAAUAAGAUACAAUUAUUAACAGAUGACACAUUAAAAAAAGACUCCAAUUUGUCUAAUUCAAAAAUUAUUUUCCUUGCAAAAACCGAAUCAAGACCAUCAAAUGACAAAUCCAAUUUAACAACCACUCAAGAAACACUCGAUCAAGUCAAAGAAAAAUUGAAAAAUUUACACGACAUUUUACUCACUUACGAAUCAAGUGAUUGUGAACAAGAUUGCCCUUUAAAUAAAAGUGGCAUUUUGAAUAAUGAUAAAAAAUUAAAUAAAUCAAAUUUAAAAACAAAAAAAAAAGAAAAUAAAAUAUUUGAAGAAAUUCCAAACAGUAAUGAAUCCGAACAAUUUGAAAGUUUAGUUGAUAGUUGUUCUUCAUCAAUUGUCGAAAUUAAUUCAAAAUUGUUUAAUAAAUCAAACAAAAUAAUUACAGAUUCUAAUUAUAAUCGAACUGAAUUUUCAGAAUUCGAAAGUGAUGAAGAAGAAACAGAGAAAAUUUUAGAAACCGAGAGUAAAAUUUCUAGUAAUACUUUUACAAAAAUUAAAUCAAAAACCAACAUUUUAGAAGUUAAAUCCGAUUUAUUAGUUGAGUCAUUCGAUAAAAAUUUAAAUAUCAAUCAAAAAACAAUGUCUCAAAUAGAAAACAAUACAAAUCAAGAGGUCAUUCCAAUGGACACAAGUGACGAUCAAUUUUCACAAUCUUCCAGUCAAACAGAAUUAUCGAAUAAUGAAAUUUUAGAUAAUCAAUUACCAUCUUUACAAAACAAAAAUAAUCCUUUCCCUCAAGGAAAAUUAGAAAUAAAUAAGGAAAAAAUUUCCAAAAAUUUGAAAAUAAACAAAAUUUUAAAAAGCUUAGAGACAAAUAACAAGAAUAUAAUAGAAACAAAUAAUGAAAAUAUUCAAAAUCUAGAAGAAGUAAAUAACAAAAAUAUUUCAAAUAGUGGAGAAACUAAUAAAAAUAAUCCACAAAUUUCCGAUACUAAUGAUUCUGACAGUUUGAAUAGAAAAAAUGUAUUUCAAACAAAAUUUCUUGAUAUUCUUCCCGAGGAACAAUCAGCAAGUAGCCUAACUGAAUCAACAAGUAAAAAAUCUGACGAAGAAAAUGAAAAUUUGUGUGAAAAUUCAAAAACUCUACUUAGUUCCGCUUCGUCAGAAUAUUUUAGUUUUGUCAAUUUAUCUCAUAAAGAAAAAAUCACGAAAAAUUUAAAACCCGAAUUAUGGGAAAAUAAUAAUGAAUUUCAAAUUGAUAAUCAAUCGCUAAUAAUUAAUAAAACAGUCGAUAAUUUGAGUCAAGAGAAGAAAAAUGUAAACGAUUGUAAACAUUAUCCAAACAGUAAACAAAUUACAUUUCUAAAAAAGGAAAAAAGUAAUCAAGAUAAAACAGAAAUAAAAGAAGAACAAUUAAAAGAAAAACUGUACGAAGAAAAAUAUAAGGAAUUGACAAAAGAAAUGGAAGAAAAACAAAUUGAAUGCAAAAAUUAUAAAAUUGAUUCUGAAAUUAAACGAAUAAAUCGAAAUUUCACAUCAACAAAUGAUUCAUCAAGUGACGAAAGUAUAGUACAAUUUAUCAGAGAAUUAACAAGUGAUAAAGUGAAAACAGCUCAUGUAUUCAAAGAGACAAAAUUUAAUAAUAAUUUUACAAAAUCAAAUGAAAAAUUAUUCAACAUUGAAGAAGCACAAGAACAAGAAAGUGUUUUAUCACUUCAAAGACGUCCAGGAUCAUUUUCUCUAACAAACAAUGAAUCAAAAGAAAAUAUAUUCAAAUCCUUAAACACCAAUACACCUUCAAAUUCGGAAAUUACGUCGAAUUUUCAAAAUGAAAAAAAUGAAACGAGAAAUAUUAAUAUUAGUAAAACGAAUGAGCAAAUUUAUAUUCAAGAAAAUAGUGAAAAUAAAUUGGCAUUCGAUUCUCAAUUAUUAAUAAAAACAGAUAAAGAAGAAUUAAAAAAUGAACAACAAAUUUUGAAGAAUAACAAUGAUAAAUCAAUAAAUGAAAUUUUAAAAAUGAAAAAAGAUCCUAUUAAAAAUCUAAAAAGUCAAAAUCAAAAUGAUAAUUUCCAAACUUCGAAUCCAAGUACUUCUUCCGAAUCGAAAGAAAAUUUAUCAAUUAUUAAACUUUCAAAAAUGAAUCCAGAAGCACAGGAGGUAAUUUUGAAAAAUAAUAAUAAAUCCCUAGAAAACAAUGAGGAAACUAAACGAAAAACAAAACGUCACGAAAAAGAAGCUAAAAUUCACGAGAAAGAAAUUCAAGAACAAAAAGAAGUAAUGUUAAUUGAUUUAUUUAACGACACAUCAAAACCUGUGACAAAAACCCAAAUUCCCGAUAAUGAAAAACUCAAUAUUCUCGAUGAAAUUCUCGAAGAGAAAAAUAAUGAAAAUAAAUGUUGUCUAAUUCCAAAUAAAAUUCCAUCAAUUCAUGAAUUAAAUUUAAACAAUAAUCAAAGUGAUUCCGAGUCUUUCGCAUUAACAAAUAGUCAAAAUUAUCUAAGUACAAGUGGAAAUAGUCUCUAUGAAAAAUCAACAAACAAUUCACAAACAAUUAAGACAAAAUGUUCGGAAAAUAAAUUUUCCCAAUGCACUAGUGCUCCUGCUCUACAAGAUAAUACCAAAAAAAGUUCCACCAUAAAUAAUUUAAACAAUGAAAAAAUGAAAAAAACACCAGAAAAUUUGACAAAAUCACAAAAAAAUUCAAUCACAAGGGAUAAAUUAAUGGAAAAAUUUGUCAACAACGAAAAAAUAAUAAAUUCAUCUAUUAAACAAUUAAGAGCAAAAAGUUAUUUAAAUUUAAAUUUAAAUAAGGAAAAAUCAGAGAAUCCACUACAACGAAGAUCUCGAUCAUUUGCAUCACCAAGAAUGAUUCAACGUGAUUUUAAUGGAGACAGUAAAGAUAAAUAUUGUAAAGAUUUGAAAAAUCCAAUAGAAAGACAAUUAACUUCGAGAAGUUCAUUAAAAUCAAUGGAAUUGCAAAAAUCAUCAAAAUCAUAUAUUCCAAUUUUAAAAAGUCGAUUAGAAAAUAUUCGAAAAGAACCAAAACCACGAUAUCGAAGUCCAACGCGUGGUCCAUUGACAAUAAAUCCUGCACCCGAUGAAUUAGAUUACAAAGUCACGAGAUAUUUGAAUGACGGAAUAAAUCUUUCCGAGCAGAACAAUAAUAAUAAUAAUAAUAAUGAAAAAAGUUAUGGCGAUAAUACUGGAACAUAUUUACAAAAUGAAGAACAUUCAAAACCAGAUGAGAAAACCUAUAUUUACAUUAAUAUAAUGACAGGACAUGAUCAAAGUACAAGAAAAGUUGUGAAUCCAAAAAAAUUCCUUGAAUUCAUGAAAGAUCGUGAAAUGAAAAUUACUAAUAAGGAAAAAAAUUCAAAUUUUGAUGAAGAAUUAAAGAAAAAUCAUCUCAAUCGUGUUUUAUUUCACGUUGAACAAAAAGAACGUGAAGUUUCCGUGAAACCAUCAGUAAUGGAUAAUAGUACAUCAAUUUCUGAUUUUCCACAAUUAUGCAACAAUGAAAAUCGCGAUGGUAAUAGAUUUAAAAUUUUCGACGUCCCAGAAGAAUUAACUAAAGAUGAAUAUAUACAUCUUCUCGAUUUAUUAAAUCAAGAUUCAAAUCUCGAGCAAUUGAAAAAAAUGCAUUCACUUUGCAGUAAACUUGGUUUAGGUUUUCAAGAAUAGCAUCUUGCCAUCAAGUCCAUUAAUAUUUCUCAUCAGUGAAAUUAGUUGGUUGAACACUUGUAACGAUGAUCGUUUAUUUUAAUUUUCGAUUUCAGGUAUUUCUUUUUUUUAAUAUUGGAUUUUUUUUUUUGUGUAUCAAGAAAAUUAUUAAGAAUGCAUA